AUGGGAACAGAUGAUCCAAAAGUAGCGUUUCCUCAUCAACACCAGCACCUUUCUGAUCGUGAAAUUGUGGGCAUUAAUGAAACGAUGCCUUACAGCGGACCUCUAAACAGAAGGCCCACAAGAAAGCCCACUGACGAUGUACGUGAUGAUGCUGUGGGCGUUGAGAGUGUUAAAGCUGCUAACAGUGCUGAGAAUGAAGACCCUAAGGCUGAGCUAACGUUACGUGGAAGAGUUUUGGAUAUAAGCUCGUCUUUUUUUGGUUCUUCAAUGGUGAGAAAUGCUUCUGCAAGAAUUAGACAGAUGCCUCUUGAUCACCUUAAGCGUUUGACUGCUUUUUCAAAGAAGCCUCCUCCUCGCUUUGAUACGGCGGCUAAGUCUGCGGCAGCUCAUGCUCUGAAAGGACUUAAUUUUAUAAGUAAGAGUGAUGGACGUGGAGCUGAUUGGGAUGAUGUUGAGAAUCGAUUUAAAGAGAUUACUGAUUCGACUAACGGGUUUCUGCCUCGUCCACGCUUUGGAGAAUGCAUUGGAAUGGACGACUCAAAUGACUUUGCAGGGAGGUUAUAUGAUUUACUUGCUCGAAGAUACAAUGUUACAGGCGAUUCGAUCACCAAGGGCCAGCUGAGAGAGUUUUGGGAGGAGAUCUAUGACCAGAGUUUCGACUCCAGGCUUAAAACUUUCUUUGACUUGGUUGAUAAAGAUGCUAACGGAGUAAUCAAAGAAGACGAAGUCAGAGAGAUUAUCACCCUCAGUGCUUCUGCAAAUAAACUCUCGAAUAUCAAAAAGCAAGCAGAGGAUUUUGCAGCUUUGAUCAUGGAAGAAUUAGAUCCUGACAAUCUAGGAUACAUCCCGAUCGAUACUCUUGAAUCCCUUCUGUUGGAAGGACUGAAUCAGACUGUUGAAGCUGGAGGAAAGAGUCAACAACUGGGCCAAGGGUUGAGCAAGAAGCUAAAGUAUAGACAAUCUGACAACCCAGUAAUAAGUAGAUGGUGGCAAAACACCAAAUACUUCUUGCUCGUUAAUUGGCAAAGAAUUUGGGUAUUGGCGCUGUGGAUUGGAGUCAUGGCAGGACUAUUUGCAUACAAAUAUGCUGAAUAUCGGAAUAGAGUCGAUGUAUAUGAAGUAAUGGGACACUGUGUAUGUAUGGCCAAGGGGGCAGCCGAAACUCUAAAGUUAAACAUGGCUCUAAUUUUGCUACCUGUUUGCCGAAACACCAUCACAUGGCUGAGGUCCAAGACCAAAUUAGGAGUUGUUGUUCCAUUUGAUGACAACCUCAAUUUCCACAAGGUGAUAGCAGUGGGGAUCCCUUUCGGAGUUUGUAUUCAUGUAAUUUAUCAUUUAACAUGUGAUUUCCCUCGUCUGCUUCAUGCAAGUGGAGAGAAGUAUGAGCUAAUGGAGCAAUAUUUUGGGGAUCGGCCUAGAAGCUACUGGUAUUUUGUGAAGUCAGUGGAAGGAACAACUGGGAUAUUGAUGGUGGUGUUGAUGGCAAUAGCCUUUACUCUUGCUGCCUCAUGGUUCAGGCGCAAUGAUCUUAAGCUGCCCAACAAGCUCAAGCUGCUCGAACCCCUCAAGAGGUUUACAGGCUACAAUGCCUUUUGGUAUUCCCAUCACUUGUUUGUCGUCGUCUACACUUUGCUCAUUGUUCAUGGAUAUUAUCUGUAUUUAACUCAAAAAUGGUACAAGAAAACGACCUGGAUGUACUUGGCAAUUCCGAUCACCAUUUAUGCCUGUGAGAGAUUAAUCAGGACAGUACGAUCCAGAUUAAUAAUGCCCGUUACUAUUGAAAAGGUCAAUUAUCCUGAACAUGUGCUGGCACUUUAUAUGUCAAAGCCUCAUGGAUUCAAAUACAAGAGUGGGCAAUACAUUUUUGUGAAUUGUGCUGCUGUGUCGCCAUUUGAAUGGCACCCAUUCUCCAUAACUUCAGCCCCUAGAGAUGACUACUUGAGUAUUCACAUUAAUGCUGGCGGGGAUUGGACAAAAGAAAUUAGAAAAUUAUUUUCUGAGGUAAUUUCUUAAUUAGCGUAUAAUUAAUCAAAAUCAGAGAGCCUUUUACUUUUAUAUGGAAGUAACAAUCCCACUUUUCCAAGAGUUCUGAUCGACGGUCCCUAUGGAGCACCAGCACAAGACUACAAGAAAUAUGAGGUGGUUUUACUAGUGGGUUUGGGAAUUGGAGCAACUCCAAUGAUAAGUAUUGUGAAGGACAUAUUAGAUAACAUUAGUGCCAUGGAAGAGGAAGAGAUUAGUUCUUUAGAAAAUGGAAAUAUGAAAACUCCUACUAGAUCUAGUCCUCUUCCUCUACAACAAAGAAGAAAAGAAAAGUUGAAGACAAGAAGAGCAUACUUUUAUUGGGUGACAAGAGAGCAAGGAUCCUUUGAUUGGUUCAAAGAAGUGAUGAAUGAAGUGGCUCAAUUGGACCAUACUAAUGUUAUUGAACUUCAUAACCAUUGUACUAGUGUUUACGAAGAAGGUGACUUUCGCUCUGCUCUCAUCGCCAUGCUUCAAUCCCUCAAUCAUGCUAAAAAUGGUGUUGACAUCGUCUCUGGUACAAAGGUUAAGUCCCAUUUUGCAAAACCUAAAUGGCACAAUGUCUACGAACGCAUUGCUUCUAAUCACCCUGGUUCCAGAGUUGGGGUGUUUUAUUGCGGGAGACCAGCACCGGUACAAGAGCUUCGCCAGCUAGCCUUUGAUUUCUCUCACAAGACGACCACCAACACCAAAUUUGACUUCCAUAAAGAAAAUUUUUAA